UUUUAUUCUAUAUGCUUUCUAUACUGACUGUUGGCUGUCAUUUACAGCUAUAGAUCCCGGUUUGGCCAUGCUGUUUACAUCAAAGAUUACAUGGAUUAUUAGAGAAAAAGAGAGAGGGAGAGAGAGAGAGAGAGAGGUGGAGUGGAUGAGAAGGGGAGGAUCUUGGGAGACAGGAUGAGUAGGAAGAUCUGUAAGCUGUCAGAUUCAGUUUUUCUCUACAGAAGCUUUAACACUUUGCAUCAUUACACCUGGGAAACAGAGGGACAGCCCACUAAAUCAGGACUUUGCAUAUUGUUGGCGUUUUAGCGUGCCAAGGCACUGAGGAGAGAGAGGAGGUUCAGCCAAUAAGCACAAGCACAGGAGAGAGGAUAGAGGAUCUGCGUAGGGGAGAGAGGUCCUGCAUGUUGUGGAACGUCAGGAGGGAAGUGCGAGCGUGUUAAAGACAGAUGGUCUCUCAGUGGAGUUGUUCUUUUUUCUCUCUCUUGUUCUCACUCUUUCCUGGAUGCUGCUCCCCUCAGCUGAACGGGAUCCAAAGUGUUACCUCAUGAUCUUCAUCCUUCACUGCUCCUCUUCCUCCUCCCCCACACAAGCAUACCUGUUGGCAGAACUCUUUUAUCCUCUCUCUCUCUCUUUGUCUUCUUACAGGUUGGCUAUGAUGAUGGAUUUUUUUUUUCGGGAUGAUGAGAAACCUCUAAGCGUCCUUGCCUUUUGUUCCCUACAGGCAAUUUAACAAGCACAGAAGUAGAUCUUCAUCAGGAAACUGUGACAGACAGGAGGGUGGCGACAAAAUAGAUAGAGGGAGAGAGGGUAAAAGAGUAAGUGAGGGUGAAAGACAAAGCUAAGGAUUUAAAGGUCUAGAACUUUUACAGGAGCUCAUAACAUCACAGAUUUUGUGGAUCCUCCACUCAAUUCGCCUUGGUUUCCAGAAGACGACCUACUUGAGCAAAUUGCAGGGAACAUUUGCACCUAAUUUCAUCCGAGAUAUAAUAAGCUAUAAUAAUAAGACAAUGCUACCCAGCUUUGGGUUGCCGAUGCUGAUAUUAGCGCCACUUCUGCUAAUUGGCCAUCAAGUGGUCAUGGGGCAAAAUGAAACGGAGCCCAUAGUGCUGGAAGGAAAAUGCCUGGUGGUCUGUGACUCCACACCAUCUUCAGAACCAGCAGGUAACGCACUGGGGAUGUCCGUGCGCUCAGGUACCGGCCGUGUGGCCUUCUCCGCCACACGGCAAACCAACCAUGAGCCCACAGACAUGAGCAAUCGCACCAUGAUCAUCUAUUUUGACCAGAUCUUGGUGAACGUUGGUGGUCAUUUUGACCAAGAGAGCAGUAUCUUCCUUGCUCCGAGACGAGGGGUUUACAGCUUCAACUUCCAUGUGGUAAAGGCAUACAACAGGCAAACCAUACAGGUGAGUUUGAUGUUGAAUGGCUGGCCGAUGAUCUCAGCCUUUGCUGGAGACCAGGAUGUGACGCGAGAAGCAGCCACAAAUGCUGGGCUUGUGAUCAUGGAAAGAGGGGACAAGGCUUAUCUCAAGCUAGAAAAGGGCAAUCUAAUGGGAGGAUGGAAGUACUCUACUUUUUCAGGCUUCCUGGUCUUCCCUUUAUAAAGAUGACCAUGUGAAGAUCUAGGAGAUGCCGAGGAGAGAGGGUGACCUGCUCUCUGGGGAUUUAUUUUACGAAAAUGGAAUCCACAGAAAACCUUAUAUUUGAUCUUUUUUAUUUUAUUUUAUUUUAUUUUUUACAGCAGAGAAAAGAAAAUGCAGAAAAUUAGGUGUUAAAUGUUCUAAUUAAAUAUUAUAUAUAUUUUGUUAUUCAAGAAAACAAUUAAGUAUUAUAAUUAAAUAUUAUUGAGAACCAGGUUAGAAAAAAAUGUGAUUUGAAAAUCACUAAAAAGUCACUCUUUCCUUCUUCUUUUUUUUUUUUUUAACAAAAUUACAUUUCUAAAUUCCCUUUUAAUUAAAAUAUAGCUUAACAAUUUGAUGUGAGGUUUCUGUUUAUAAAAUGUUUGCCUGCUUAUGGAGCUGUUUGUGUGUGUUAUAAAGCUUUGUAAAAAUACAUCUUAUUAAAUGGAAACCCUUGACUGAAAA